AGUAGCUUGUUCAGGGUCAUCUUAGGUGAGAGCGUUGUAAUUGUUAUGAAGCUCUGUCUUUAUCCCUGAGGAGCAGUAGGUGGACGUAAGCUCAAAAUCUGCAGGAGCCUGGAAGAUGAGGAGCCAGGGCUGGAUCUCACUGUCUGAUCAGUGUGGACCAUUUGCAUUAUACUUAAAUAGCACCACUUACUUACCAUUCAUUGUCAGUCAGUCUUGUUCUGAAAUCACAGAUUCUGCCUGACAAUAUGGUAGGACAAAAGUAUAAUUUUAAACCUUGCAAGCAACACUCCAGAAAUAUCUGCCAAGACUUGUGUGUGUGUGUGUGUGUGUGUGUGUGAGAGAGAGAGAGAGAGAGAGAGAGAGAAUGAAUGAGUAUAGCUUCCUCAUAAACCUCUUGUGGCGGAACUGAUUGAUGUCAAGGUGUUGGGUCAGUCUGUCCUGUGAGAGGGUCUCCAUUCCUAUUGAGAUGGCGGAGGAGAGACACCUUUCCCUGGCACUUCCUAGGUGUAGCCAGCCAGAUAAGGAUGCCUUUUAGUCAUUUAGGUCUGAGUCACCCAGCUUGGUUUGUUUUUAGUUUAGUAUCUCAGGGUGUAUCGCAUCAGUUGUGUGGUCAGGACAUCAGCACGAGUGUCUGGAUAGGCUCUGUCUGUGUGUCUGCGCUGUUGAGCCUUCUGGAUUUUAAAUUCUAUGCGGUGUCUACAUGUUGGUUCCUGUGGGCUCUCCUGCCUCUGUCUAGGUUGGCUUAUAUCUUGGUAGUCUUGAGGCACUGUUCUCCCUCAAGGAGCGUUCUCAUGUCUGCUGAUGUGGACGCCACUGAUGACUCCUAAUGCAUGGCACACAUGGCUUCCAAGGCUGGGCCCUGGCUUCCUUUACCUUUGCGGUGAGGACACAAGGAGUCCUGGUCUCCUCCCGCCAGCCUUGCAGUGCUGUUCCCUUGUGACCCACAUUCCUGCAGCAAGCUGCUUCUGAACGCUGGCAGAUACGACACUGCAGGGCUUUGCUCUUCACACUCUUGUGUGUAGAGCGUGGCUGUGGACACGUGCGCUUGCCCAGUUGCCCAGAGGUGACACUGUGGAGAGUGUAGUACAGGCCAGGGUAGAAGAGUUCACCUGGGUGUUUGUCCUCUUCUGCCUCACAGUCUGUCACCUACUGAAGGACGCAGUGGGGUCCUCUGGGAAGGAAUGCUCCUCACAGCAAAUUAGCAUACAUUAGGGUUUCCUUCCUUCCUCCCUCCCUCCCUCCCUCCCUCCCUCCCUCCCUCCCUCCCUCCCUCCCUCCCUUCUUUCUUCUGAGUCUCUGUGGAGCAUUAGCUGCCAACACUGUAUAAGUGCUGUGUUUUAGAUUUGGGGUGGAAGGGACCCUUGUUGCUGAGGAGUGUGCCAGUACCUACUCAAAAUCACCUUUAUUUUGCGUCACAGCGUCCUGAGAGGAGGAGGUACUGUGUUAAAAGUGCUUUUGUUCUAGAUGGUCUGAUGUUUCUGGAAGUCCUGUUUGUUUGGAGUUGGAGGCCUCACCUUGCUGAUGGACACUGCUUGUGGACAACUCCCCCACCCCUGUGCUUAAAGCAGAGGCUUCUCUGACCAGUUCUGCUGCCUGGAGCUAGUUGUCAUUCUCCACAGCAGCUCCACUUGGGCCUGUCCGGUCUCAUUUGAGGAACCGGGUCAGAGGCUUGUUGACCCUCCCCACAAGACACCUGGAACUCCAUGUGAUGGGUCCCAGCCCCAGUUAGGCCAGUGUUUGUGUGCCUGCAGGAUGAAGACUAAUCUGGGAACUGUAGUGAGGAAAAGUCUUACAGCUGCAGUAAGCCUGGGUUAGAGAUGGAGGAGGUCAGAAAAUUGUGUCCUGAUAGGACAGUUCUGGGGUGGAUCCGUUCUUAGCAACUGUGCCAGGUAGGUAGGCUUCUGUGUGUCCUCCUGUUGUUUUGAUUGAGACAGUGUUACAGUUUGCUCAGAAGAUCUGGGGCCGCAUGUGAGCAGGCACCUUCAUGCCAGCCCACAGGAUCACCUUAAUGGUGACAACUUAUCAGGUAGACACUGGGCAGUUGAUGCCACAUUUUUCCUGUUUCAUGCUCUUGUACACGAGCUAAGCCUGACACUGCAUUUGGAUACCAUUACUAACCAUAAAAUAAGGAGUAUGCCCAGGCAGAGCACUUGAGAGGUCUGGAAGAAGUUAUGGCAGGAGGUGGCAGCUAGGUCAGAUUGACUAGUCUAGAAGACUAGAUAGACUAUAGUCUUUGAAGAUCUGGAAAUGUGGUUAGUUUUGGCCUUGGAUCCAGGGUCACAGGCUUCUACUAAACCUGGAUAGAUGGACCGUCAUGGCAGGAGAUGGGCAGGCAGAUGUGCACUUCUGGUCUACAUGGUGACGGUGGCCUACACCUUCCAUGCACUGUGAAAGCCAGCCUCCCUGCAAGCCUGCGCUGUUAGCCCAGUGUGCAUCCAGGCUGUGUGUUCUGUCCUGGACACCUCAUGGCUCUGGGCGCAGUUUCUGUGUGUUACUGGCUGGUUUAUGAAAGCUGUUUCAGGGAAGGUCCCGGGCCUCUCUCCUGGUUCCUUUGGCACAAAUGCUCUCUGAACUAAAGGACUUUUGCUUUUUGUUGUUUAGAUUGCUGUUUAGUGAAGUAGUCCUUUCUGCUCCUUGGAAAAGCAGUCCUGUCUGAAUGCUCUUAGGCUUAGAGUAUGCCUUCUGUUUUGUCUCUUCUUAUUGUUGGGUUUCCUGAGGAGGAAGGUAGUGGUAGGCUCACUGAGUUCUGACGUCAUGCUGAAGCCCAUUGGCAGGCAGAUGCAGCCAGUCAGGUCCUCCGUGGUAUCUGGGUAGGAGAGCUAUAUAAUCCUGGAAUAACAGGAAGCUUCCCAUAUUUCACAUCCUGUUGUUCUGGGGUUUGUGACUUGCUGCCUUGCCAUAAUGAAGACUUUUGAUGCAAAUGAUUUGUAUCAGGGGCAGAACUUUAACAAGGUCCUCAGCUCCUUGGUGACACUAAAUAAAGUGACAGCAGACAUUGGACUAGGAAGUGAUUCUGUGUGUGCUCGGCCUUCGUCCCAUCGGAUAAAGUCUUUUGAUUCCCUGGGAUCCCAGUCUUCACACAGUAGGACUUCAAAAUUGCUUCAGAGCCAGUACCGAAGCUUGGACAUGACUGAUAACACCAACAGCCAACUGGUAGUACGAGCCAAGUUUAACUUCCAGCAGACCAAUGAAGAUGAACUCUCCUUCUCAAAGGGUGAUGUCAUCCAUGUCACACGAGUGGAGGAAGGAGGCUGGUGGGAGGGCACACACAAUGGCAGGACCGGCUGGUUCCCCAGCAACUACGUUCGAGAGAUCAAGCCAAGUGAGAAGCCCGUGUCACCCAAAUCAGGGACCUUGAAGAGCCCUCCCAAAGGGUUCGAUACGACUGCCAUCAACAAGAGCUAUUACAACGUGGUGCUACAGAACAUCCUGGAAACAGAGCAUGAGUAUUCCAAGGAGCUGCAGUCUGUGCUGUCCACCUACCUGCGGCCACUGCAGACCAGUGACAAGUUGAGUUCAGCAAACACUUCAUAUUUAAUGGGAAAUCUAGAGGAAAUAUCUUCCUUCCAGCAAGUGCUUGUACAGUCCCUAGAAGAAUGCACGAAGUCUCCUGAAGCCCAACAGAGAGUUGGUGGCUGCUUCCUGAGCCUGAUGCCGCAGAUGAGGACCCUGUACCUCGCUUACUGUGCCAACCACCCAUCUGCUGUGAGCGUCCUCACAGAGCACAGUGAGGACCUAGGAGAGUUCAUGGAAACAAAAGGUGCCAGCAGCCCUGGGAUCCUGGUGCUGACCACCGGCCUGAGCAAGCCCUUCAUGCGCCUGGACAAGUACCCCACACUGCUAAAGGAGCUGGAGAGACACAUGGAGGAUUAUCAUCCUGAUAGACAAGAUAUUCAGAAGUCUAUGACGGCCUUCAAAAACCUUUCAGCUCAGUGUCAAGAAGUUCGCAAGAGGAAGGAGCUGGAGCUGCAGAUCCUGACGGAGCCCAUCAGGAGCUGGGAGGGGGAUGACAUAAAGACCCUGGGCAGUGUCACAUACAUGUCCCAAGUCACCAUUCAGUGUGCGGGAAGCGAGGAGAAGAAUGAGAGAUACCUCCUGCUCUUCCCAAACCUUCUGCUCAUGUUGUCUGCAAGUCCCAGGAUGAGUGGUUUCAUCUAUCAGGGGAAGCUGCCAACAACAGGAAUGACAAUCACAAAGCUUGAGGACAGUGAAAACCAUAGGAAUGCAUUUGAGAUAUCAGGGAGCAUGAUCGAGCGGAUUCUGGUGUCCUGCACCAGCCAGCAGGACUUACACGAGUGGGUGGAACACCUGCAGAAGCAGACGAAGGUCACAUCUGUGAGCAACCCCACCAUCAAACCCCACUCGGUGCCAUCACACACACUUCCUUCCCAUCCUCUCACUCCAUCCAGCAAACACGCGGACAGCAAGCCCGUGGCACUGACGCCUGCGUACCACACACUCCCCCACCCCUCUCACCAUGGCACCCCACACACCACCAUCAGCUGGGGACCCCUGGAGCCUCCGAAGACCCCCAAGCCUUGGAGCCUGAGUUGCCUGCGGCCUGCACCUCCCCUCCGGCCCUCAGCUGCUCUCUGCUACAAGGAGGAUCUCAGUAAGAGCCCCAAGACCAUGAAAAAGCUGCUGCCGAAGCGCAAGCCCGAGCGGAAGCCUUCGGACGAGGAGUUCGCUGUGCGCAAGAGCACAGCGGCGCUGGAAGAAGACGCUCAGAUCCUGAAGGUUAUCGAAGCUUAUUGCACAAGUGCAAAGACGCGCCAGACCCUGAACUCAACAUGGCAAGGCACUGACCUGAUGCAUAAUCACGUCUUGGCUGAUGACGACCAAUCAAGUCUAGACUCCUUGGGUCGUCGCAGUAGCCUUUCUCGUUUGGAGCCCUCAGACCUCUCGGAAGACUCUGAGUAUGACAGUAUAUGGACAGCCCAUAGUUACAGAAUGGGUUCUGCAUCCCGUUCACGCAAAGAAUCUGCUCCACAAGUGUUGCUUCCAGAAGAAGAAAAAAUUAUAGUCGAAGAAACCAAGAGCAAUGGGCAGACAGUGAUAGAGGAAAAGAGCCUCGUGGAUACGGUGUAUGCGUUAAAGGAUGAAGUCCAGGAGUUAAGACAGGAUAACAAGAAGAUGAAGAAGUCCUUAGAGGAGGAACAGAGGGCCCGCAAGGACUUAGAGAAGCUGGUGAGGAAGGUUCUAAAGAAUAUGAACGACCCUGCCUGGGAUGAGACCAAUCUAUAGGCUGACUUCAUUCUCAUAGGCUGAAGAGCAGCAGUUCCUGGACAUGGCUGGGGCCCUUGGCUUCCAGCACAGUGACAUUUAGGACUAAGGAAGGUGGUCUCCAUCAGGCGAGCAGCAGCAAUGAGGCUGUUGCUGAAGUAGCUACAUGUGAGUUAUAGACACUGAGGUCUGGGCUGAGUGUGCACAUAUCUGCCACUUCUCCAUGCAGUGACUGACCAGAGUCCUUUGGCUUCUGGACUUGAGUUGAAUCUAUAAAUAGCAUACCUGUGUACUCCUUGUAAAUACUGGGAUCUGAGCACCUACCUGAGAUGGGACUGGGCUAACCCUCCUGCUAGGAUUUCCUUCUCAGCCUUUCUGGCCACAGGGAUCUGAAGUUGUGUUUGUGAAGUGUUGGAAGCAGAAAGGUGAAGAGAUGCCGUGGCAGCUGUCUGACUCGUGUGUAGCGCAGGCUCCAUGGUGCCAUCGGGAACAGGCACUCGGGCACAGUGAAUUUGUGUGUCUCUGUUCUUAACUGCAGUAUUCCAGUCUCGGCUAUGGCUGUGCCCAGGGCAUCAUGGGUUCUAGGGAGGGAAACUGUUACCUGCCUGUGGUGCCCGCCUCUGCUGCCCUGCCCUGUCCUGUCUGGGCCUUGGUCACAGUGUGCAGAAGUGGGUUAGCCCUGUACAUAGAUGUGUUAUUUAUUCCAUACUCUCUAGCCGGUGCUGCCGGCCGGGCAGGGUUUGGCUGCAGGCUGUUUUCAUCCAGGAGCUCUGCUCUGCCUCUGGCCGCAGUCAGCGUUGUCCAGGCCACUGAAAGCCCUCCUAACCCUCUGAGCGAGAAUAAAGCAAUACAAACCCCAAGUGGAGCAGCACAGCGAGAGCCCUCAAGUGCUGUGCCUGCGCCCUACUCUGCUGCCUCCCCAGGCCAGGCCCAGGCAGGCCCUGGAAGGCUGGUGGCCUGGGCAAGCGGCCCUGCUUCUGUUAGGCCAUGCUUGCCCCUGGUUUGGCAACAGUUAACAGUGACCUCAGGAGCUUAGCUGUCCCUUCUUUCCUCCAAAGAGGUUGUUUUCAAGUCAGAGAUACUUUCCCUUAGAAAGGUGUUUUGUCUUUAAACACUGAAGAGCAAUGUGUGCUACUGGGGCCUCAGCACAGCCUCUUUCCCUAGGACGUGACCCAGCCCCCGCCCACCCACCCACCUGUGGAGGUUUCUGCGUGGGCACUUAGAGGCCGUUUGUGCUCUCUCCUUCUGCCACACUCUAGCUGGUUGCAGUGUCUAUGGGUUGUGUCUGUCAGGAUCCACCAGAGCCUCCCACCCCUGUUAGCAUUUACAGCUCAGUGUGCGGGGUGAGAAAAGCUGAGCUGUUCCUUUCCUUUUGGUAAGCCCUGUUUUCCAAGCACUCUGCUGACCCAGAAGACACUGCAGCAAAAGGCAGUGUGUUUGCUGUCACAGCAGGUCUCAACUCAGGAACAACACUCCUUGCAACUCCACUGCUGGCACAGGGGCCUGGGGUUGCUGGGCAGCCCCUCCAUCAACAGGAAGCAAAGACCAUGUUCGCCAGUGUCCUUGCCACCGCCGAGGUUGCCGUCCGUGCCCCAGGACAAUUCCUUUCAGACCUGCCUUAAUGAUUCGCUUGGAGUGUUCCAUGAGUAUUCAUGUUCCCAGCAUCCCUACCCUGGACAGGGUGGUUAGGCUGUCAGCACGCCGCCUUGUCUCUCUGAGGAUCCAGUGUCUUCCAGGCUCUCCAGGGAGCGAGAAUCUGCACCCAAGAGCAGUUCUUUUUAAAACCGGCCCUGGUGUACACACCCACUUCUCUCUCCUGCGUGUCUGCGCGGGGAGCUUUGAUACCAACAGCACAGGGCGCCUCUCACCAACUCCUAAGUCCUCUGUGUUCUGUAAGGGAUGCGGGGGAAUCAAGCCAUUUCCUGUCGUGUAGAUGUGAAGCACUUUCCGUUCUGAACCAUGCUGCGGUGUAGCAGCGUCCGAAACUCCACUGUUCUCCUCCAGCUGCUGCCCAUGCGCCCUGUGCACUUCAUGCCAACCCCCACUUUCCUGGGACACGACAGGAGACCGCACCGGGGUCGACUGCUCAGUGUGUGUGUGCUACACCCUUGCAAUUAUUAAACUCCUUAUUUUUCUUAUCUCACAAAA